GACAACAGAACUUCAACAAUGACUUUGAUUAUGAGAUUCUUGUGGAUAUUGAUGUUCUUAAUUCAGGAAUCCAGAGGACAGGUCACUGUGACUCAGACUCCUACAGUGGAAACUGUUCUCCCAGGACAGACAGUCUCUCUGAACUGUAAAACCAGCAGUAAUGUGUAUGGUAAUUGUUACAAUGGUCAGUCAUCGGGCCAUCAGUGUCUAUCCUGGUACCAACAGAAACCAGGAGAAAAACCCAAACUCAUGAUGCUUCCAGGGAACACACUCCAUUCUGGGACUCCAUCUAGAUUCAGUGGCGGUGGAUCUGGGAGUGACUUCACUCUGACCGUCAGUGGAGUCCAGGCUGAAGAUGCAGGAGAUUACUACUGUCAGAGUUACCACAGUGGUAAUGUGUUCACACAUUCCAGAGAGCAGCAGGUGAAGCAGGAGACUGGAGACGUCAGAGCUCUGGAGCUCUCCACUUUAGAUCAGUCAGCAGCAUCACAGUCCACACACAGACUGCAGUUACUAACCCUGGCCACUGGAGGGAGACAGAAAGCAGAUACUCUGUCCUUCAUGACAACAGAACCCACAACAACCAUGACUUUUAUCACCAUUUUCAUCUGGAUAUUUGCCUUCUGUCUCCAAGAGUCAAGAAGCCAGUACACUGUGACUCAGACUCCUGCAGUGGAAACUGUUUCAGUGGGUCAUUCAGUCAGUCUCAACUGUAAGACCAGCAGUAAUGUGUACAGUGACUUCUUUGGACAGAGGAUGGCCUGGUAUCAACAGAAACCUGGAGGAGCUCCUAAACUCCUAAUAUACUUAGCUAAAACCCUUCAGUCUGGGACUCCAUCUAGAUUCAGUGGCAGUGGAUCUGGGAGUGACUUCACUCUGACCAUCAGUGCAGUUCAGGCUGAAGAUGCAGGAGAUUACUACUGUCAGAGUGAACACAGUGGUGGAGUGUUCACACAGUGAUACAGAGCCGUACAAAAACCUCCCUCAGUCAGACUGCACAGUGACUGUACUGCUACAGCUGGGACCUACUGCAGGUGGUGAGGGGGCAGAGGCAGUGAAAUGGAACAAUGGUCACGAGAGGAGGUCAACUGUGACAUGUGACAAUAUUAGAAAGCAAUCAUUCAGAUCACAUGACCAUCCUCAUCAUCAUCAUCAUGGUUGUGACUUAUAGUUUUGUCAUGGCCUUUAAGUGUAUAUAAAAGUUAUUUGAUGUUUUGAAACACAAUACUUGUCCAUAUGCAAAGCAAGAUCUACAGAAGUAAAACAAAAGGUGUUAUGACCUCAACAUUACUUCAAAGUUACAAUCACUUCAGCCCCCAAAACAAGUCGUCAUAUGAACCUCAACCAAAUGUCUGAUUUAAAUUGAUAUGAUCUUCUAGCAUUAUAUUAACUAUUUUAAUGAGCAGGUUACUGACUGUUAGAUCUGUGAAUGAGACAUGAUGCUGGACUCAAACAUCAGACACAUUUACACUACAUACAGUAUCUAAACUCAGCAAAAAAAUUAACUUCCUCUUACUGUCAAAUGCAUUUAUUUUCAGCAAACAUACGUGUAAAUAUUUGUAUGAACAUAACAAGAUUCAACAACAGACAUAAACUGAGCAAGCUCCACAGACAUGUGACUAACAGAUAUUGAAUAAUGUGUCCCUGAACAAAGGGGGGUCAAAAUCAAAAGUAACAGUCAGUAUCUGGUGUGGCCACCAGCUGCAUUAAGUACUGCAGUGCAUCUCCUCCUCAUGGACUGCACCAGAUUUGCUGUGAGAUGUUACCCCACUCUUCCACCAAGGCACCUGCAAGUUCCCGGACAUUUCUGGGGGGAAUGGCCCUAGCCCUCACCCUCCGAUCCAACAGAUCCCAGACGUGCUCAAUGGGAUUGAGAUCCGGGAUGUGAUACUAUUAAUGUUAUGUGGACAACUUUUAAAACAAAUGUAGCUUAAUGCAGGUGUGAUCAUCACAUUGGUAAGAGUCCAAGAUAUAAAUAAAAUAUUCAAUAGCAUUACCUUACUGUCUUUAAAAGUCUAGAAGUCAGCUGGGUCAAAAACUGAA